AUGGAUCUUUCAGACCUUAAUUCAGCUGAAAUGCAGAAAUUCUAUUCUGAAGAACAGCAAAGAGCCAUGGUUAACGAGAUGGUGGCAAAGCUAACGAGUGAAUGCUGGGACAAAUGCAUCACGGGUACACCUGGGAAUAAAUUCAGUUCCAGUGAAUCUAAUUGUCUUUCAAACUGUGCACACCGUUACUUGGAGAUGAGCAUGCUUAUCAUGAAAAGGUUUCAGAGCAAUACGCCUCCGGUUGGUCAACUUUCGUUGGAAAUAGACAAUGCCACAGAGACGAGGGAGGCCAAGUGUCUGUGUCCAGUAUGUUGUUUGGAACAAUGGGCUGUUGAUUAUGUCAUUGGAUUGUUUGUUGAGGGUGCUAAAACGUGGAAGCACUUCCGGAGGGAGGCGAAGAAAGAUUUCAAAGAGAACAUCAUUGCACAGUUCCACGGGUGGCGAGUGCCAUGUGGACGUCAUAGGUUUGUUAGGGAGACUAAUACGGGACACCUUUCAUGUGAAGGUCACAAUGAACUACAUCGACAAUCGUCCUCAACUUUGAUCUGGAAGCCAAAAUUGGACGAGGGUUAA